GGGGCAGUAUCGAAGUCCAUUAGAUCCUUCUGGAACGGACGGAUCCGCACGCGCGUAGGUAAUAGAAAAACCUCAAACCACCCAAAGACCCAAACCAAAACAACAACAAUAGGCAAUAGCAUCUCUUGUUUCAUCGGAAUCUACAAAACCCCCCUCCUCGUCCUUCCUCUUUCUUCUUCUCUCCGAUUCCUCCUAACUGUACUACAUGGCGGAACCCCAUCCAUCUGAAGGCUCAAGCUCGGCAAGUGCUUCUGCUGGAAGUUCUGAUUCCAUAGUUGAGCUCAAUAUCAAGACACUGGAUUCACAAAUGUACAGCUUUCAAGUGGACAAAAAUAUUCCAGUUUCAGUAUUUAAGGAGAAUGUAGCUAGCAAAACUGGAGUUCCAGUUGAACAGCAACGGCUGAUCUUCAGGGGAAAAGUCCUGAAGGAUAAUCACCUUCUUUCUGAGUAUCAAGUGGAUAAUGGGCAUACACUGCAUUUAGUAGCUCGACAGCCUUCUCAACCACAAUCCUCAUCUGGUACCAGCAGUGCGGAAACAACUACUGAUGCUGGUAAUAGAGCAGGACAAGAAACUAAUACUGGGGUGCCACGUAGUCGUGUUGGGCAAGUUUCGCACAGUGUUUUACUUGGGUCCUUCAAUGUUGGGGAUCAACUAGAUAACUCCAUACCUGAUCUAAGUCGGGUCAUUGGUGCGGUUUUGAAUUCAAUCGGAGUCGGAAACCAAACUGCUUUUAAUGGUUCUAGUGGCACACAACCCGCAACGAUGGCUCCUCAAGGUAAUGAAGCAGAAGGGAGACAAGGCCCCACAGCUGAUCAGAUCCGAGAUAUAAAUCAAUUGCUUCGGGGACAGGUACCUUCUGGUCAAUCUAUGCCUCAAGUAUUGCAAAUACCCCUAGGAGCAGCAAUACCCUUUCCUUUCAUUAAUCAGCCAAUUCCCGAUUCUUUGCACACUCUUUCUGAGUUCAUGAACCGCAUGGAACUGACACUGUCACAAAAUGCCAGUCAGUCAGCUCAACCAUUGAACGAUACAGGAGUUCAGCCACCUGUUAAUUUGCCUGCUAAUACACGGGGUGUGCCUACACCUGAAGCGCUGGUUGCUGUUCUGAGACAUGCAGAGCGUCUUUUCAGUGGCCAUGCUAUUAGUGCUCUAUCUCGUAUUGCAGGUAGAUUAGAGCAAGAAGGAGGUUCUACUGAUCCUACAAUUCGGACCCAGAUUCAAUCUGAAUCAAUGCGAGUAGGCCUUGUGAUGCAACAUUUAGGCGCUCUUCUUCUAGAACUAGGCCGAACAAUGUUAACACUUCGUAUGGGACAGUCCUCGUCUGAAUCUUCUGUAAAUGCUGGGCCAGCAGUUUACAUAUCUCCCUCGGGGCCAAACCCUAUAAUGGUUCAGCCUUCAUCUCUUCAAACUGGUUCUCUCUUUGGUGGUCCUGUUGCUCCUCCCCUGAAUUCUGGUGUUUUUGUUCCUGGGGGUGUUGGACCUACUGCAAGACAUGUGAACAUACAUAUACAUACUGCAGUCGGUUCUAGGACAACUAAUGGUGAAGGAAUGCAUGGAGAUCAUGGGAGUGGAAUCACUUCUGCUGAUCCUGCUCAACCACGUGUACUUCCUGUGAGGAACAUUGUUACAGCAGCUGUCCCAUCACAACCUGCUGUUGUUUCUGUUACAAAUGCAGUACCCGGUGGCGGUAAUCUUGCACAGCAAUCUGUUAGUUCUGUUCCAUUAUCUACUAUUAUAGCUGGAGUUGGGUCACAAAUCAGAAAUUACGCCGGCAACAUGCAGAGCCAAGAUCUUGGAUCAUCAGCCCAUCAAGAGAGUCCAGGCAAUCAAGAUCAAUCUGUUGUGUCUGGUGCGGGAAACAAUGAAAGAGGUAAUGACAUUACAAGCCUACUUGACACCAUCAGAGAGUUUCCUUUACCAGGUCAAUCGUCUGAUACCAGCAGCCAUAUGGCGCAAGGGGAGGGCCAGAAAUCAUGCAAGAAAGAGGAUAAAGAAAAUGCAGUCAGAGCAGAAGAGCCUUCUAGUAGCUCAAUGAAAGGAAUUGAUAACCAAGUCAGCUCAUCAGAUAAUACCAAUUCUGCCCCAUCAUCUGAUCAACGGGUUGAUGUUCCUCUUGGGCUGGGACUGGGAGGCUUACAACCCAGGAGGAGAAGUAGAGUUUCAAAUUCACGAGGAGUUGUGGGUUCUGGUGUAACUUCUAAUAUGCCUAACAAUCACAAUCAACCCAGUAGAUCCUAUGGGCUUUCGGCUGGGCAGCUUGCAGGGGCUGGUGGGACAGUCAUACCAACUGUACCAAUGGAAGGGCUUGUUGCUGGGGACCAAGAUGAUACUGCAAAUGUCAUGUCUCAGGUUCUGAGCAGUCCUGCUAUGGAUGGACUUUUAGCUGGUGUUUCAAGACAAACAGGAGUAGGAUCUCCUGAUGUUUUAAGAAAUAUGUUGGGACAACUUACUCAGAACCCGGCAAUGAUGAAUACUGUUAACCAGAUUGCUCAACAGAUGGAAGGCCAAGAUUUGGGAAGCAUGUUUGGAGGUGUAGGUGGUAGCCGAAGUGGUGGCAUUGAUCUAUCAAGAAUGUUCCAGCAGAUGAUGCCCAUUGUUUCUCAAGCUCUUGGUGGUGGUUCAGCAUUUCCCCAACCAGCACCAUUUCCCCAACCAACACCUGCAGUAGAGCGUGAGGCUCAACCAACAAACAGUGGUACAAGGCUUAGCAGAGACGAGAAACACAGUGACCAAAGCUCUCAGAUUGACCUUCAGCAGGUGGUUCAGGGGCUCGAACAUGAGAAUCCACCUGAAGAAGUUCUUCGUUCUGUAGCUGAAAGUGUUCUCAGUUCUAGUGACUAUGGUAGUGGUGCCGAAGGUCUAGUGAAUGAACUGUGUGCUGAAGAUGGUCUCGCAAGUGAGUUCAUGGAAAUGCUAUUGCAUGAUCUUUCACAGCGAGUUCAAAAUGAAACGGAUUCUACUGCUGAGUCAUGAUUUUUUUUUUUUUAAUACAACAUGUAAUCUAGUACAUAGUUAAAAUGGUGGCAUUUAUUUGCCUGCUGUGAUAUUGAUGGAUUAGGUGUUUUUGCUUCUAGUUAAAAAAUUCUUGUACAUUCUGGGUUGGGGGUUAAUCUGUUUCAUGCUUAUUCUAUACUAUAGUAGUACUUCUACAAGAUUUCUUUCUAUAAAGGGUUGAGUCUUGUUUUGGA